GGUUUAAACCUGUUUCAGCUGGUAUGCUAUCACUUUCCUGUGUUUACGCGGUGUGCGAUCAUGGUGAACUUUAGGACAUUCUGUGUUUAACAUUGUGUGACACUUUUUGCGUAUUGUGUGUGUAUUAUAAAACUGACUUGGAUGAAACUUUUUGUGUUAGGAUGUGGAUUUUGUUUUGGAUUACGGAGCGGAUGAAAAUGUAAUCCUAAGAACGGAUGUUGGAAUUAAAACUAAGUUGCGAUGGAGUGUUCCAUUGGCCCAAGCCGGGUAAUAUCCCUAUGGACUCUUCUCAUAGGCAGCUUCAAUAUUGCAGGGCUCCGUCCGGGACCGAGUGUCAGAGCUGAGUCACUGGAUGCGGUCAACCUAUCAGCAGUGUCAGGAGGCGACGCGACACUCCCUUGCGACACUCGCUCGCCGCAGCCUCCUGACGCGUUGUUACUUGUCGUCUGGUAUAAGGAUGACGUGCCGAUAUAUAGCUACGAUGGCCGAGUUAAGGGACCCACAGCGCAUUGGGCGGACGCGUCCCUCGGAGGGCGGGCAAGAUGGCACGCGUCACCACACUCCGCUCUCAAAAUACGUGACGUUGUCCCGACCGACCGUGCCCUGUAUCGGUGUAGAGUCGACUUCAAAGUGUCACCAACCAAAAAUCAUAAGCUAAUGCUACAUGUUAUAGAAUUGCCAGAAAAACCGAAAAUAUUUGACGAGACUGAUAAAGAAAUUGUCGGCGUUGCCGGGCCCUACAUCGAAGACACCAGUCUUAGACUUACCUGUGUUGUAAGUGGAGGUAAACCCAUGCCGCGCGUUCGCUGGUGGCGCGGCGACAAAAUGGUGUCAAAACUAGAUCCAGUCGAAGAUGGUUCUUUACUCAGUACGUUAGAACUAAAGAUACCAAAACUCAAAAGGGAGUACUUUGAGGCUGUGUACACAUGCGCUGCUGAUAAUACUGCACUGGUGCCGCCAUUGCGAGUCAAUGUGCAGAUCCAAUUGUAUUUGCGACCUCUACUCGUGGAGAUUUUGUCCAGAGAACAGCCGCUAUCUGUUGGUAAUGAAGCUGAAUUAGCCUGCAGAGCAAUUGGUGCCAGACCACCCGCUGUGAUCACUUGGUGGCUUGAUAACAAGGAAAUGACGGUCACUGACCCCCAAAAGGAUUCAGAAGACCGUAAUGAAACAAUAUCAUUUCUUCGAUGGACGCCUCGUAUGGAAGACGAUGGCCACACUCUCAAAUGCCGUGCUACGCACUCUAAACUCGAGCACGCUACUCUUGAAACCAGUAUAAAACUGGAUUUACAUUUUAUGCCGAUCGUGACGCUACAGUUGGGGUCCAAAAUGAACCCUAAUGACAUAGAAGAGGGCGACGAUGUCUAUUUUGAUUGUAUUGUAAAAGCCAACCCACCAGCGUAUAAAGUUGUAUGGGAACAUAAUGGACAAGUGAUGACACACAACCAGCGCGCGGGAGUGAUUGCUGGCUCAGCACAUCUGGCGUUGCAGGGUGCGUCUAGAGAACAAGCUGGGAAGUAUGUGUGCAUCGCUUCCAAUGUGGAAGGUGAUGGGCGAUCAGAACCUGUUAAUUUACAGAUAUUAUAUAAGCCAGUGUGUAAAACCCCAAGUAAUGCAAUAGUGGGUGCUGCCAUCAACGAAGCUGCUAAGGUCACGUGUGAAGUAGACGCGUUUCCGCCACCUAAAAACUUUCAAUGGGUUCUUAACAAUACAUCGGCAACAAAGGAGCUUGAUGCUGGUAUUUUCACAGUCGGUCCAGGACGAUCCGUACUAACAUUCAUUCCAACGGCUGAGGCGGAUUAUGGAUCUCUAUCUUGUCGGGCUACGAACCUGGCUGGCCAGCAAAUCGAGCCAUGUAGAUACACCCUUCUACCCGCCGUCAAACCAGACCCACCAACUAAUUGUUCAGCUAGGAAUUUGACAGAAGAUUCAGCGGAACUGCGUUGUGCCGCUGGUUACGAUGGCGGACUACAAACAACAUACUUCGUGGAAGCGUGGGCUGCAGGCGAGUUAAUCGCCAAUGUAUCAACGAUUACUCCUGUCUGGAAGCUUCAAGGCUUGGGCUCUGAGACAGCUUUGAAGCUGGUUUUCUACGCAAGUAACGCACGAGGCCGAUCAGAAGUAACUACGAUCAGAGUGCAUACGUUGUCAAGACUUGCCUUGCACACAGAGGCGAAAAGCAAUCACGUCGGUGUUGAUACCAGCUGGGCUCUUGGCAUCAUUGCAGGCAUCAUAGGAACACUUGCAGUGCUAGCUACUUUGGCUUUACUUGCGAGGAAACGUCAUAGGCCGCUCCAGUAUGAAGCGCCAGUGCAAACAGUAAAGGCGUAUAAAGGAUCAAUGCAAAGUGCGAACCACUCACCCAUAGGAGACGACAAGAACCCGGACGUAGUUCCUCUAGGAAAGGACUUCAACUGUACGAGAGAUUGUGAACGGCCACCUGAACCGCCACCCUACGCUGCAGUUGUCUCGCCACCAGUUGGUGCAUCCCGUAGCGCACACAGCUUGCACGAUACCAGAUCAAAUACACCCCAUACACCGAACACGCCAGCUUCUGAUGCUCAGAGCAUCGGAACAAUGGCUGAUGACCGGAGAAGUGUGACAAGUGGAACUCUCUCCCGGCGGAGAGAAGUCGUCACGACCAGGACACCUCUAUUGGCCAACGCUAGAGAGAGUUGUGUAUAAAUAGAUAGUCUGUAGAUAGAAUCCUCCAUAGUCUAAGGCCUAACUUGGAAAAAUAUUAUCAAAAAAUAACUGUUGCACGUUGUAAUUAAUAAGACACAAUCACUGGUUGUGUCACACAGUGGUAUUGAUUAUAAACAAAGUAAUUCUAUAAAUUGUGUCUUCAGUUCUUCAGUCAACGAGUCAUACAAUUAAAGCAACGAUUAGAUUUGUUUCUUGAAAAAGGUUUGAAAGGAGAGUUUAAUUUAAUUUUUAGAGUUUUAUUACUGAGACUUUUAUUUAGUGUAUCACUUUGGUUUAAAUACUGAUAAAUUAAAAGGGAACUAUUGCUGUAUCGCUUCAAAGUAUACAAAACUGAAAUAGAUUAUAAACGCAAUGCAAAGGAUAUUAUUUUAUUUUUUAAAGCUAGAUGCAAUUGAGAUAGAAACAAAAAUUUGAAUCGUUUUCAGUCAAACUGUGGAACUGUAGCUCAGAGUACAAAGGGGCUAAUUCUUUGAGCAAUAAAGAAAAUUCCUUACAAAGAGAAAUGCCUCGGUAUUCAAAUCAAAAACACACAAAAAGUCCUGGUAAUUUAAAAUAUUAUUAACGUUUAGUUACGAUAAAAUUGGUAAAUCUUCAAAUCUUUAUUACAAUAAAUUAAAACACUUAACACGUUGUUAAACGACUUGUCAUUGAUGAAUAAAACGCAUUAAAAUAAAAUCUAGUAGUUUAUUAACCGCAAUAAAUACUUUUUGUUAUUGUUAGAAAAAAAAACAAUGACGAAAAAUUCAAGCAAAUUGGAGUUAUUUUCUACUUUAACAAUUUAGAUGGCGAAUCGCACUCGAAUAAUAUUGGAAAAGCUUGUGAUCUUUUUUCUUUUGCACCGUGGCUAUUUCAAAAUUUUAUUUAAAAAACAUCAAGAGUACUAUGCCUCGUGUUGGGCGUCAAGCGGUGCAUAGGUCGUGAAUAAAACAUAGGAAGCUUGCAUUGACGCGCCAAGCCUAGAGUAGAAAUAGACAGACGUGACAAAGGUUUUAUAUUUUUUCUGCAUAUUUUUACAGUUUUAAAAUUCUUCGUGUUAUUCUCACUAUACUAGGGCUUUUGAACAAUGCGUUUUAACUGGUAUGACCUAAAUUACAAUAACGUUGAAUUUACAUCACAACUUUCUAGUAAAUAUUUCAACAAAUAACAAAUGCUGACAGGUUUCAUAGUAAGACUGUAUAAAGAAACGAAAGUAUCUUUUAAAUGUGAAUCUUGGGUAUUUGGUAUGGAAUGUGCAUUCCUUACGCUCACUACAUCUGUAGUCUGUCUAGUUUAUCGCCUGCGUAAUGUCUACGCCGUAGCAAAUUCUUGCAAGCCUCAUAUCCUACGCGUUUCAAGCAACUCACUCCAAAUACUUCACUGAAGUAUUUCUGAACAAAUUCUACCUAGGGUCCUUCAAGAAAAGAGUGUACCAACCGUUCAAAAACCGGCAACGCACUUCCGAGCACUCUGACAUAUUAAUAUCAAGAACGCCUCCUGGCCGUUUCUUCAAUAAUAUAUAUUUUUUAAUACCACUUUUCUUCUUUCCUAAUGGUCAUGAGUCUCUUCUGCAAUUGGGACACAGUCGAAGUGGAAGGAACCGUGCCCUUUGAACUGAAUCAAAAAUUUAUUAUUAAAAUGCAAUAUUUAUCAGAUAAACCAAAGCUAGUCCACUAGAUAUUAAAAAUAGCGUAUACAAUUUCUGCUCAAAUAAAAACUGUUUCUCUGUUGAGAAACGCUGUGGGAAAACCAGAAAACGGGCCAAGGCUGAGUUGAGCGCUUUUAAUCUAUUUGUACCAAAAUAAAAUAAUGUUGCAUAAAAAAAUUCUUCGCUCGUUAUCAAAUAUAAAAAAACACUUAUAUUAGCUAAGUAUAUUAUGUUUCAUUUCUUUUAUAAAAGACUGUUUCCAUAUUUGUCUAGAUAGUAAUGAAAUUUAACGGUUGUAUAUAUGUUUAUAAGUUAAGACAGUUAAAAUAAUUAAAUUAAUUUCACAGUUAAGUUUAAAGUUACUCUCGUUUAGUAAUUUUUUUAACGGUUCGUUUGUAGAUUACAGACAAUAAAGUCACAAAACUAGUGCAAUUCUAAUGAAAUAAACUUUUUUGAAAUGUUUGUAAUAUUAUAUAAGUGUUAUUCACACAUUAGAUGAGUGUUAUAUUUUAAUGAUAUUCUUUCAUAUUUUGUGAGUAAACAAUUAUAUAUUUAGCAAUAUUGAAAUUAUAAUACUACCUUACAUCUUACUUCUACUAACUAUAAUAUUUACAUACCGAAAAUAUUACCUCUUUUAAAGUGAGGUAACUAAUCUGUGUCUUCAAAAACAUCAACAUCAUUGUUUGCGCCAUGAAAACUGGACAUUACUAAUUAAAUCACAGAGAUUUUAUACGUUUAUAGACAAAGCCUAAAGAAGUAUACAAGUUCAAAAACCUAUGAUCAGCAUUAAGAAACUUUUCAAGUGUUUCCUCUGUUUGAUUCUAGUUACUUAAUGACCCAAUAAAGAAGCAUAUAUUCUAAGAUUUAUUCAUCAAAGGGCUAAAACCAGUUAAAAUUGAAGCUACAUAUGAAUCACCAAAAUCACAUUACUUGAAUGUAACUUUAAAAGAAGGAACGCGAUGAAACUAUUAGUAUCAUUUAUAUGUUCAUUUGUUUUAAUAUAGAUAACUCAGUUUAAUAGCGACUUUAAAUUAAAUUGUAUCCUUAUUGUGUUUCUUCUAUAGAACUUUUAUUAUAAAAUUUAUUAGAUUAUUUACUGUAAAUUGAGAUUGUAUUAUAAAUAAAUUCACUGUGAUGCUAUUAAAUUAUGUUAAGAAUUGAUAAUGAAAUUCUAAUUGUAAAUAGAUAAGAGAACUAUGCUUAUCUAGUCACUGUAAAAUACGUGGUAAUUGAAAAAUUGUAAUCGAAAAUAAUUUGCAAUUAAGUUUUAAGUAAAUAUCACUCAAUGUAAAUAACGUCAAUAUUCUUUAUGAGUUAUUGUUUCUGAUGUUCGAUAUCGACUUCACAUAUCGUUACUUUAAGCAGAUGUGUAAUUUCUUGAAAAUAAAU